AUGGACCCUAAUUUCCCAAAGAACAAUCCAAAGAUUAAGAUAAUAUCAACAAUCCAAUAACCCCCUUCUUAAAACUCAAAUGAAAGGCAGAACGUAAAUAGCAAUAUAAAAGUCAAACAAGAGCCCUAAGUCAACCCUUAAAGAGCCAAUGAAUUUGAAAACCUAUUUUAGAGAGUAUAGUAAGAUAUUGAAUAAGAUGAUGUUUUGUAUAAUUUAUCUCCUUAAAUGGAAAAUGAAUAAGUAAAUUACUAAUUCUGGAGAUUUGAAUUUAGUGGCCAAGGAAAUUUUGAAGGAAAAUGCAUUAGUGGUGUCUUAAAGUUGUAAUCAGAUCAUCCAGUAUCUCCUCCAGUGUUCUACUUUGAUUCAAUAUUCAUAGAAUAGAAAUAUGAGGUCCUAUAGCACUUAAAUAUUUAUGGAGAUCACACUUUAUGCAUUCCAUUAUUCAGUUAUUGGAAGAAAACUACUUCUGAAUAUGAAAUAUUGUAAGCCAUUGAACACAUUUUUCACAAUCCAAAUUUUUAAGAAGGUGAUGCUCCUGCUAACCCAAAUUUCGCAUCCUAAACCGAAGAGCAAAAAAAUUAGAUUUAAAGAAGAUAGGCAAAAUAUUUACCAGAUUUUUAGAAGGCAUAAUGAGUAAUAUUAAAAAGAAUUAUUAAUAAUUAUUAUUUUCUUCACA